AAAAAAGGGAAACUAAAGAAACGGAAGAAAAGUUUGUCCUGGCUCUCUCUCUCUUCUCUCUCUCUCUCUUCCUUCUAUAUUAAGGUUUUUAUGGAGCUCUAAAUCGCCGGCGAUUUUUCCGUCAAAUCUUUGAUAAAAUCUCACCUCCACUCCUCAAUCACCAUACUUAGUCUCUCUUCUUAUCUCUCUUAGUAAUAACCCUCAGGUGUGCGUGCCUGCCUGCAAGGACAAGGCCAGCAAUCAGGAGUAGUAUAUAGUACUGAGUUUUAUUUAUUUUAUUUAAUUUUAUUUUUUUUCUUUCAUCAAAUCUAAGCUCUCUCUGCCUGUCUAUGUAGUCCUUUGGGGGUAAAAUUCCACUCGGCCGUAAUUUCCUGUUGUUGCAGGCAGUACGACUUGUUUUGGCAUGUGGGUUGCUCUUGUUUGGGUCCAUGGAUCUGUCGGUGCGCUUGUCUUGGAUUUCUGGUGUUGCAGUGAGGCUGAUUGAUAGAAGAUAUUAAAUGAUCAGUUCACUUGCAUUCGGCUUGGUUUUCUUGAGAUUCCUGCUUCAUCUAGCGACGUUUCGUCUCUGUCUGUAAAUUUAGAUUGUUUCAAUUCCUUCUCCUUUUUCUUAUUUUUUCAAUUUGGGAUUUUUUGGGAUGGAAACUAAGUUCGGUGAAAAGUUGCCUGAUUUAUGCGGUUCAGCCGUGCCGGAUAUGAAUGCCGUCGGAAAAAGGAGUAUGGAAUGGGAUUUGAAUGAUUGGAGAUGGGAUGGCGACUUGUUUGUUGCUGCUUCGCAAAACCCUGCGUCAUCUGAUUGCAGGAGCAGACAGUUUCUUCCGGUUGGAACAGAUAUUCCUGUGAAACGUGGGGAAUCCAAAAAUUUCUUUUCAGGUUCAAAUGGAGUGAAUUUGGGAGAUGAUAGGGGAAAAAAGGAUUUGGAGGAGAGGAGAAGGUACAUUGGGUUCGAUGAACAGUUAAAUGGGGAAGCGGAUUCACUUAAUUUGAAGCUGGGUGGGCAAACGUUUCCAGUGGUGGAAAAGGAUAAGGAAAAGGUAAGGGAAAGGGAAAGGGAAAGGGAGGUAGGAGACAAAUUGGAAGACAAGACUGGGAAGAAGAUCAAAGUUUCUGGCUCAUCAUCUAGCCGUGCAGUUUGCCAAGUAGAGGAUUGCAAAGCCGAUUUGAGUGAUGCCAAAGACUAUCAUCGCCGACAUAAAGUAUGUGAAGCACAUUCUAAGGCUACCAGAGCUUUAGUUGGAAACAUUAUGCAGCGAUUUUGUCAACAGUGCAGCCGGUUCCAUCUCCUUCAAGAGUUUGAUGAAGGGAAACGGAGUUGUCGCAGGCGUCUAGCAGGCCAUAAUAAGCGACGGAGGAAAACACAUCCAGAGACUGGACUUAAUGCUAUUGGCUCAAAUGCUGAACAGGAUAGUAAUUAUUUGUUAAUAAGACUGCUGAGGAUACUCACCAAUAUGCACUCCAGUGGCUCAGAUCAAACAAGGGAUCAGGAUGUUUUGCUGCACCUCCUAAGAGACCUUGCCAGUCUUGCUGGUUCAACUAAUGAGAUAAAUCCUGUGGGAACUCUACCUCUAUCUCAGGACUUGCAGGAGAUGAAGACAACUAUGGGAACUUCUCUAAGGGACUCUGAUAGGCCUUCUGGUGCGGCUGUGGCCAUAGAUUCAUCUUCUUUAACUCAGAGAGAUACCAGGACUGAUAAUCAAGAUAGAAUUGCAAAAUAUGCAUCUGCUUCAAAACAAACUGAUUUUCUUUUUCCAGAAAAAGCAAGCAGUUCGGUCAAAGCAAAGGCAAAACUCAAGAAUAUUGACCUAAAUAAUGCUUAUGAUGGUUCCGAAGACUUCAUGGAGGAUCAGCCGGACAAUGCUGUUCCAGAAAAUCUUGGGAAUGGAUCCACUGUUGUCCCAUUAUGGCAAUGCAAAAAUUCUCAACAGUCUAGCCCACCGCAGAAUAGUGGGAAUUCUGCUUCAACUCCAAGCCAUUCACCAUCUACAUCCAGUGGAGAGACUCAGAGUCGUACUGAUCGGAUUGUUUUUAAACUUUUUGGCAAAGAUCCAAGUGAAUUUCCUCUUGUCAUAAGAAAGCAGAUUAUUGAUUGGCUAUCCAGUAGCCCUAUGGACAUAGAAAGCUACAUUCGACCUGGUUGUGUUGUUCUGACAAUAUAUGCAUCCAUGGAUGUGACCACUUGGGAGGAGCUGUACUACAAUCUAAAUUUCUGUUUGAGAAGGCUUCUGGAUUCGUCUCAAGAUUCAUUUUGGAGAACUGGAUGGAUAUAUGCACGAGUACAGGAUCAUGCUACUUUUGCAUAUAAUGGUCAAGUUGUUGUAGGCACACCCCUACCCCUAAAAAUCCAUGGGAGUUGUAGAAUAUCAAGCAUCACUCCUCUUGCUGUUUCAAUUUCAGAAGCUGCUCGUUUUGUAGUGAAAGGUUUCAAUUUAUCUCUUUCUACAUCAAGGGUAUUCUGUGCUCUUGAAGGGCAGUACCUUUUACAUGAAAGUUGUGCUGACGUUACAAGAGCUGAGUUAUCUGUGGAGCAUGAAGAGAUUGAGUCUCUUAGCUUUUCUUGUGCUAUUCCUCAAGUUCUUGGGAGGGGAUUUAUUGAGGUGGUAGAAGACCAUGGCCUCAGUAGCAGCUUCUUUCCAUUCAUUGUGGCUGAAAAGGAUGUCUGCUCAGAUAUUUGUAACCUGGAGAGCAUCAUUGAGGUGUCUGAAGUUUCUUGUGAAAAUGGUAACAAACUUGAAGCCAGGAAACGGGCUUUGGAUUUCAUGCAUGAAAUGGGAUGGCUGCUCCAUAAAAGUAGCUUGUUGUCUAGAUUAGAAGAAAUCAAGGGUGAUGUGAAUCUAUUUCCAUUCAAACGCUUCAGAUGGCUUAUGGAAUUUUCCAUUGAUCAGGAUUGGUGUGCUGUGGUGAAAAAACUUUUAGACAUCCUGUCGGAUGGUAUUGUGGAUGCUGGGCAGUACGCUUCCAUUUCAGUUGCGUUGCAGGAUAUUGGACCGCUUCACUUAGCUGUCAGGAAAAAUAGCAGGCCCAUGGUAGAAUUUUUGUUAGCAUACCAACCAAAAGGAGCUCUGGAUGAAACAGGGGCAAAACAGAAACAAGUUCUGUUUAGGCCUGAUACAGUGGGUCCUGGUGGGUUGACUCCUCUUCAUGUAGCAGCCAGUUUGGAUGGCUGCGAGAGUAUGGUGGAUGCAUUAACUGAAGAUCCCGGACCUGGAUCGGUGGGAAUUGAAGCAUGGAAGAGUGCUCAAGACCGCAUGGGAUUAACUCCACAUGACUAUGCAUGUUUGCGCGGUCAUUAUACAUACGUCCAACUAGUGCAGCGGAAAGUGAACCAGCGGCUGCAGCAGAAACAACAACCGGGGAAUGGACAACAAGUUGUUGUUGUUGAUAUCCCUGUAAGUCAUGAGAAAAUUGGAAGUGGAAGUGGAAGCGUGUUCCAAGUGGCGAAGAGACUCCACAUGCAAUGCAGGCAAUGUGAGGAGAAGUUGGCAUAUGGCAGGGUGCCAAGGAGAGCACGCGGGGUGUCGAUAUAUAGACCGGCAAUGCUGUCAAUGGUAGCAAUAGCUGCAGUGUGCGUAUGUGCUGCUCUACUCUUCAAGAGCUCGCCGGAGGUGCUUUACUCGUGCAGGCCAUUCAGGUGGGAACUGCUGAAAUAUGGGUCUGAGUAAGAAAACAAACAAACAAGUGAUGAUAGAUCUAUUUAUUUGUGAAAUGAAAGAGAGAGAGGGCAGGCAUCACACCACAUCACUUGCUACUUACUAGUCUCAGUCUGUCUCUCUCUCUCUCUCUCUCUUGUUUGUUAUGUCUGUCUGUCUGUCUGCUUCGGCAUAGAUAGAUAGAUGUAGAUAAAUGGCAAUGCUUUCCCUGCCUGCUUCUUACUGUGUCACUAUAAUUUACGUUAAUAAUUUUAGAUGUUUAUGAAGAAGAAGAAAGAGUUGGUGUCCA